ACAUCUAAAUCAUGAAAAAUACCCUUAAAUGGGAUUGAUUGUGUAAUUAUUGGAUGUCAGAAUGAGAUUUGACCUCCAGUUUUGUUUGCUGUGUUAUGGUGACCUGGCUCUUAAACACACAGCACUUAUUGAUUUGGCUGCAUCUUUAAUUUGUUUAUCCUUUUUUAAACCUUUCCACUGUUUCCACUGAGUACGGUGAGCCCACCUAAAUGCCUGUGAGGCAGGCAGAGAGGAAGAGAAGGGGAAUUAGUCGCUGUUGCGCAGCAUAUCCGAGGAUGAUUCAUGUAUAAGAGGCAGAACCCAGUGCAGAGCAAGCAGGAGUUCGGACCAGCACUCAGACCCAGGAUAAGCCCAGCCUCCUCAGAGCUGGAGACCCUCUCCUCGACACGUCUCCCACCCUCACCCCGUGCCCCCCUCAGUGACAUGUACCCUGAAGAGAGCCGGGGCUCCGGAGGGGUAGCUGCUGUUGACUUCCUGGAAGGGACGUACGACUAUGCCACCCCCACCCCUGCCCCAACACCUCUUUACAGUCACUCUACCACUGGCUACUUCUCUGCUCCUCUGGACGCCCAGGGACCACCGUCUGAUGGCAGCCUUCACUCUCUGGGGAGUGGGCCGACCAGUCCUCUUGUGUUUGUGCCCACCAGCCCGAGGCUCAGCCCCUUUAUGCAUGCUCCAAGCCACCACUAUCUGGAAACUGCUUCAACACCAGCUUAUAGAUCCAGUCAUCAGCCGGCCUCCAGAGAGGACCAGUGUGACACCCGUGACGAGGCAUGCAGUGUGGGAGAGCUGGGAGCUGGAGUCGGAGUUGGAGUUGGAGUCGGAGCCGGCGCCGCAGCCGCAGCCGGGGGGUUUGAGAUGCCUAAAGAGACGCGUUUCUGUGCUGUGUGCAGCGACUAUGCCUCCGGGUACCACUAUGGGGUGUGGUCCUGUGAGGGCUGCAAGGCCUUCUUCAAGAGGAGCAUUCAGGGUCACAAUGACUAUAUGUGCCCAGCGACCAAUCAGUGUACUAUCGACAGGAAUAGGAGGAAGAGCUGCCAGGCUUGCCGACUCAGGAAGUGUUACGAAGUGGGUAUGAUGAAAGGAGGUGUGCGAAAAGACCGUGGUCGCAUUCUGCAGCGCGACAAACGACAGAUGGGCGUCAGUGACAGAGAAAAAACUGGAAAAGGUCUGGAGCACAAAGCGACACACCAUCAUGAUAAGAGGAGACGCAGCAGUGCCCUGGGAGGAGCGAGAUCCUCAGUGACCAGCCUGCCAUCUGACCAGGUUCUGCUUCUCCUUCAGGGUGCUGAGCCCCCGAUUCUGUGCUCCCGUCAGAAGAUGAACCGACCCUAUACUGAGGUCACCAUGAUGACCCUGCUGACCAGUAUGGCCGACAAGGAGCUAGUCCACAUGAUCGCUUGGGCAAAGAAGCUCCCAGGUUUCCUGCAGCUCUCCCUCCACGAUCAGGUUCUACUGCUGGAAAGUUCAUGGCUGGAGGUGCUGAUGAUCGGACUCAUUUGGAGGUCAAUCCACUGCCCUGGAAAACUCAUCUUUGCACAAGACCUAAUACUGGACAGGAAUGAAGGCGACUGUGUUGAAGGCAUGGCGGAGAUCUUCGACAUGCUGCUGGCCACCUCUUCCCGCUUCCGCAUGCUCAAACUCAAACCGGAGGAAUUUGUUUGCCUCAAAGCGAUCAUCCUGCUCAACUCUGGUGCGUUUUCUUUCUGCACUGGAACAAUGGAGCCCCUCCACGACAGCGCGGCCGUCCAGAAUAUCCUGGACACCAUCACGGAUGCACUCAUACAUCACAUCAGCCAAUCAGGAUACUCGGCUCAGCAGCAGGCGAGACGGCAGGCCCAGCUGCUCCUGCUGCUCUCCCACAUCAGACACAUGAGCAACAAAGGCAUGGAGCACCUCUACAGCAUGAAAUGCAAGAACAAAGUGCCUCUGUACGAUCUGCUGCUGGAGAUGCUCGAUGCCCACCGCCACCACCCGGUCAAACCGUCUCAGCCUUCAUCUCCAGAUGACAAAGCUCCUCCCUCCACCAGUGGUGUGUGUUUGGGCGGCUCCUCUCCAGCCGGUUCCGUUUCCGGACCUCGAGAUGGCAGCGAGACCCUAAUCAGAACCCCCUCGGCUCCCAGCGUCCUGCAGUACGGAGGCCCCGCUCCGACUGCACCCAGGUCCUGUGAGUUGGGGGGCGAUAGUCAAUUUUGUGAAUGACACAUGCAGUUUUGGAAAUGACAGCUGAAGGUUACAUUGCCAUUGAUUUGAUCAGAAAGUAAUUUAUAAAUAAGAAUGUAAUUUUAUAGCCAAAUGGGGAGAAGUUUCACCUUCUUGGCACAAUCUGAGCCUCAGUUCCUUUUAUUUGCUGAGUUUCAUCUUUUUUGCUUUGCUUUUAAUUUCCAACAGCAGAUACGUCGUCAUACUUUGACACGCAGUGAUUUGAAAGGAUGAGCAGCUAAUUUUUGUGUAUUCUUUAUCUUGACCAAAGUGCACUUCUUCUGACUGAAGGACUAAUGGGCAUUAUUUUUACUUUUGCAUAUAGGAGGUAAUUACCCAGCAAUUACUGGUGAAACUGAAACGCCACAUAUUGCAACCGUGCACAAAAUUUUAAUCAAUUUAGUUUUGAAAUGAGCUUGUAGGUCAAAUGCCUAAAAGGAAUCAAAUCAGUUCAGCCCACACUGAUUACAGAUUAAAAGAAAGAUUACUUAUAUGCUAAGUAACUGUUAUCCACUGCUGUCUGUGUACAGGAGGGGUUUUCUAUGCUUACCUGCAGCAAUUUUCUCUGAAUUUAUGCUAAAUGUUGAUGUGAGCUUGUGUCCUGGCAUGUGUUUUCAACACUGAGACUUUAACAGAGGGAUAGGCAGGGCAGAGUGAUCUUCAGUUCAAUGUUUCAUCCACAAUCUGAUGCUUACGUAAUUCAUUGCAGGCACUUUGGCUGGAUUUACUCAUCUACUAAUCUAAGUAUAAUAACUAAUUUUUAAAUGGUAAAUUUCUGACUUCUGAAUUUUAAAUUUUGUUGAUUUUUUUUCAGUACUUUAAAGAAAGUUUGCAAAUGAUCUUUUCCUGUCACACUAGGCAAAUAUUUUAGCGGGUCUGGUUACCUUGGAGCAUCAGAUGCAGAUUUAUGCUCCAAAAGUUGGAAAAUGAGAUAUUCCUUCUGUUGGACAAUUAUAUAAAUCAUAAUGAAAACAAAAGUAAUUUGCAGUAGUGUUUUCUCUCCUAUUGCUUCAGAGCUUCAAAACAAAGACCAGAUAUUAUUAUUACACUAUAAAAGCUUUAGUCUCCCGUUUCCGUUUGGAGAUUUAAUUGUGCUAUGCUAACAGAACACUGUUGAUCUUAAUCCAGCACUAGCCUGGAGAUCAAGUUGUUUAGCUGGACUAAUUACUGACUUUAGAUCAGAUUUAGCAGUUUGUAAAGGGAUCCUUAAGUUUCAUAAAAAGCAGAGUAAUGUCCUGGAAGUUGCAACCUUUUCUUUUUUUAAAACAAGACAUUUUGUAUCCCUGAAGGACACAUGGAGUGUUAUCCACAGCAGCCACCAUCAAGACCUUAAGAGUUCAGACACACAAGCUGCUCCUGUUUUUAUGAUUUUCUAUAUUUCGUAUUAUGAAGAAAAACUUUCUGACAUUUAUGAAUUUCAGGAAAGCAAUUGACAGGCAGCUCAGCAUAAAUGUGUGGGAAAUGUUCGAAAAGGGUUAGAAGAAGAGUGAAUUUGGCCACUUGAGCUGAAUUAAAGGGUAAAUCCAGCCAAACCGGAUGUCAUUUAUCAUGUGUUUACUGUGCGUGUAAAUAAAGGCUGAUGUUGGGAAA